GGCAGACAAACAGUUUCCCUUUUGUUUUCCCAGAAUCAUCUGGUAUUUCCUGCGUUCCAGAUGAUUGUCCCUCCACUUAAGGAAGAACGUGGUCACAUUAUUCUGACCUACAACUACAUAAAUGACAACAUUUGUGAAAUUCGUUCAGUUACUUCUAAAUUUGUUUCAAAAAAUUAUGACCCUCUCGGGUGGAACUAUUGAUAUUUUGAAAACUCGAUCUUUGGCAAAACUACAAGGUUCAAAGGAGGUGAUGAAACAAAAGCUUGAAAUCCCGAUUCAUGGUUCGGUAACUGAUAACAUAUUCUCAGAAGUUCGUGACUCUUUUCGCCGGAAUUUUACUGAAGGAUGGGAGAAAGCUGGAGCCGCGUUUUGUGUUAUUCAUAAGGGAAAAGUGAUUGUUGAUCUUUGGGGUGGAUAUGCUGAUAAAGAAUGUUUCAAAGAAUGGAAAGAGGAUACAAUUUCUACAAUCUUCAGUUGCACGAAAAGUGUAACUGCUAUAUGCUUUGCAAUUCUUGUCGAUAGAGGUCUGCUCAAAUAUUCCGAUAAAGUCACGAAAUACUGGCCAGAAUUUGGACAGAAUGGGAAACAAGAUAUCACCAUUGAGAUGGUUCUUUCUCAUACGGCAGGCCUUCCAUACUUCCCAGGAGUAAAGUUCACAGAAGAAGAUCUCACUGAUAAUAACAAGCUUUCUCAUAUGAUUGAGAACUUAAAGCCCGUUUUUGCACCGGGUACACGAACUGCAUAUCACGCACUUACAUUUGGAUGGCUCACUGAUCAGAUUUUCCGGAGAGUCGAUUCACAGAAAAGAACUGUGGGACAAUUUUUCAAGGAUGAAAUAGCCACAAAACAUUAUAUCGAUAUUCAUAUCGGAGAGUGUUCAAAUGAAGAGAAUCGUCUUGCUAGACUAUUCAAGUGCCCUGCAACUCUUGUUAGCCGAGAAAUCGCCUAUGAUCGUUCGAUCUUGAAACUAGCUCGAUACUACUACAAUCCACGUGGCCUGUUCGCAGCAGCCAGACGGAAUCUGAGUCUUCAUGGAUCUGACUUCACAAUGUUUAAUAAUAGUGAUUUGAGAGUAGUUGGGCAGCCUGCAGUCAAUGGAAUUGGGUCAGCGAGAGCAAUGGCACAGUUACACCAGCUAGUUCUUGAUGGGACACUUCUUUCGAAGGAGACUUUUGAUAUAAUCAAACAUCCUCGAAAAAUGACAUCUUUUGACUAUCUCAUCGGCGAGCCUCAGAAUAAGGAGCACGGCUUUACAUAUUUCAAAUCACCACUAAACACGUGGCAAUUUGGACAUCCAGGCGUUGGUGGACAAAUGGUUCGAGUAGAUGUUGAAAAUGAUUUGAUAGUUGCUUAUUUAACAAAUGGAAUGAAAACUGCCGGAUGUGAGGAUCACGUGUUCACAUUCAAUCGAUUACAACGAAAAGUUUACGAGUGUCUGAAAAGGAUUCCGAAAUUUGAAUUGCCGCCACCGGAGGAUAUUGUUGAAAAUGAAUAAUUGAACGUUUGUUACGUGUAUUUCUUUUUGUCGCUUUUUGUCACUUGUCACUUUUUACUAAAAAUCCGCCAUAAACCAGAAAAUCAUCUC